AUGACCAAUGGUUCUGUUCACGUUGAUGUCGUACAUGAUCCAGUGCCAGCAAGGCCCGUCACUCCUGAACGUUCUACAACACCCAUAUCUCGUGCCAAUACGCCAUCGCCACGUUCGCUGAGAAAAUCCCCCACCGUCAAGGUUGUGGAUGCAUUCGGUCGAGAAAGGAUUGAUGACCCUCCAACAUUGGCUGAUGCACAGGAUAUUGCGAACGGGCAUGUGGAUGCGAAAGACGUAGUUCGUUCACUGUCGUCAGCUGAAACUCCUCGCACCCCUCGUGUCCAACACAAGAGUAAUAUUCGUAUUGUUGAUGCGAUGGGAAGAGAAAUUGAGGAAGAAGUCGACCCUGUGAUUGAACCCCUAUUUGAAGAAGAGCUGUUAGUCCUGCAUGAUGAUCUGCCUGUUGGUCGCACCAAAACGCUGGCUCGGAUGCGGCAAACUCUUCAAGAGUGGGCCGAUGGGCUAAGUGAUGGGGACAGGUCUGCUGAUGAUCUCGCUUUGAAUACAAGCCACCUUGAAGAGCUAGAAAAAGUUUCGAGGGCAGCGCGGCAUGCUCGGAAUCAGUUAGCCCAGACCCUUCGUGUUGAAUCUGUGAAAGAGCGUAACCUGGUGCACAAACAUGGGAAGGACGCCGUGAGCCGAAGUGGGCUUUUGGUAAGACAAAGUCCGGCCAUCAUUGGCGACAACCGUUCUUUCCAUCGUGGCAUGGUUUUGCUCGGAGUUGUGGCCCAAAUAAUUUUCGUCCUUGCGAUGUGGCGAUUGACACAUGUCCAAGCUCGCCGAUUGUUUUAUACCGUCUAUUAUGAUCCUCUAUACCCAGAGUUGAACCCCUUACCUGGACACUCCCGCCAAUUCUCGCCGCCCUACCCCUCAUUUAUGUGGUCGCUUUCGAGCGCGUAUGAUAUUGUAAGACACGAAGGAUGGUCAGCUUUGAAAGCGGAGCUACAGGGCACUGUGCGCCGCAUUGGUCAACAUGCUUGGGAGAAGUGGGGAGAACGCCCUUACACCGGAACAUGGCCACCUACGUGA